AUGGGGAAAAAGAAACAAGCGCCGCGGCCGGCGCCCGGGGCCAUCUACAUCAUCCUCACCCGCUGCCCAACCCACUGGAGCAACGAAGCGAUCGCAGGGCCCGGGGCGCUUGUUUCUUUUUCCCCGGGGCCAUCUACAUCAUCCUCACCCGCUGCCCAACCCACUGGAGCAACGAAGCGAUCGCAGGGACGAGAUCCAACGGCGACUCUUCAGCCGCCGUGGCUACCCAGCGGAAGGCCAAGGCGCCAGGGCCUUCGUCCAGCUCAGCAUCUUCCGGCUCCAGCGGCAAGUGGAGCAUCUCCCACAUCGCCUCCGACAGCGCCACACGGACAACACCCUGCUGAAUCUCAUCAAGCUGCGGGUCACGAGCGACGAGCAUCCGCUCCUGCACAGCGAGGUGGUACUGCUCAAGGACCGUCGCAAGACGUGUCACGAAGCACCGGAGCUGAGACAGGCGCUCCCCACGCUCAAGGUACUCCGACUCGCCCGGGGCCUCCUCCGCCCACCCGCUCCCCCACCUCCCCACACGGGGAUCAUUCGGCCAACCCAUGUUCCACCACUCCAAUUGCGGGUCCCGUGCGGUCCCAGGCGUUGCAAACUCGUCCCACCCGCGGUGCCGCUCGUUUGGCUGCGACGACACCUAGACAGGAGUCACACCAAGAUGUCAGUCACGGGCACGAGAACCAGACCCAGGGACAAGGGGUAAACGCACGAGGAAAGGCAACGGCAGGGGAGGGGGCGACGGGAGGUAAGGACUCACAACACCCCAUCGAGCCGCGGAAGGACGGGACCGAGGAACAAGGGGAUGCUGGCGCUGAGGCGGCGGGAGAGAAGGAGCAACCGGAGGAGGAACGGGAGCGGCGGGAGGGACUGCGACUGACGGCGCGAUCAAAAGGGAAGGCGCCGAUGGAGGAGGCGCCGACGGUGGAGGCGCAAGAGGGGGCGCAGGGGCAGGCUGGAUCUGAGAGGGAGCCAGCGCAGGCGGAAGGGGCGCCGGGGGCUGCAGAGGCGGCGGGAGAAGGGACGUCGGCGGGGGUGCUGGGGAUGGCGGCUGGAGAGCGCGCCCACGAGGAGGAUGGAACGGCCUGGGUCGCCAUGGCUGAUGGCGGGGACGCCGGGAUUGACGGAAGGGCUGGCCGCGGGGGCGCAGGUAGUAUGGCGUUCGACCAGGGGGGGGGUGAUACACUGGACCGCCGCGAGAGUCCGGCAGAUGGCGCGGCUCACGGCCCGAUCCGCCGCUCGAUUCGGCUUCAACCAAGUCUGCGGCGGCUCGGAGCAGGGCUGGCACCUGGCCUCCCUGGCCCCCUUUGGGGGUGGGAGCGUCAGACCGUCCAACCACGACCUCACGGCGAGGGGCCCUCGCGGCCUUACCCGUCAUCGGCGUGGGCGGACGAGGAGGGAGAGGUGGAGCUACCGGCGGAAGUACCGGCGGCGGAGGACCUACGCCCGGGUGGUGCGGCGGGAAGGGCGCGGGGGAGAGCAUGGGGACGGGCACGGGGACGCGCGGGGACACGAGGGCGGAGAAAAAGGGGGAGGGCGGUGAACGCGCGGGAGCGAGUCAGAUCUGGUCCGUGGCGGGAAAGGCACGGUAGGCCAGAGGUGGUGCCAGAGGUGGUGCCAAAGGAAUCGAAUGCUGAUAGGCUAGCUGCGUCUGACAGAGGAGAGGAGGAUGAGGCCUAUAUGGCCUUAGAGGAAGGAGAAUCAGAGGAAGUCUCGCUAGAGGAUGAGCCGGGGGUGGGCAACCACCAGCGAGGUGGGAGAUCUGGGAGAACGCGACUGGAGGGAAAUGGGAGGAUGGGGGGGGACCAGCAGAAUGGAAAUCCGCCACCUGGGGCUCCAAUCGGGCAACCAGGUGGCGCGGAGGUAAGGGAGAUGCGUCCACCCGAGGUGAUUGCAGGGGAUGAGGCGACCUGGCGACAGGUGGCGGAGUGGGACAUGGACUGCCUCCGUGGCAGUGAACAGCCCUUCCUGGCUAGGAGGAUGCCACCUGGGGUGGUGGACUCCCUCGCAGCUUGCCUCGUCAUCCCACUCCAGCGACUGAAGAAGAACCCACUGUGCCAAGGGGCAUGGCGGGUUCUCCUGUUCCUGCCACGUUUGACACUCCGCGCCGAUAUUGACCCCUCCUGCGCAAACCACUGGCAGGGGAUCGAGGGUAGACUGCAACAGUUCCUACUCGAGAAAUGGGACCUACUGUUCCUACAAGCCAAAACAGUUCCAGACGACCCCAAACCGAGCAGACAUCAGCCGGACCCCGAGGGACUACGCAUCACCCCUCGCCACCACGCCUAA